GAGAGAGAGAGAGAGAGAGAGUAUGAAUCACUCCGGGAUGCGAACGUGAGAGUUUUUCGUUUUCUCAGUCUCUCCUAAACACGUAAAGGAGAAAGAACAACACCGUACUUUCUUUCUUUACCUUUUUUCCCCUUUGUAUACCUUCAUUUUAACUGGAUACUUUGAAGCGGAUUUACGAUCAAAGACGCGGUAAAAGUUUUUUUUUUUUUUCCUCCUCCUUUUUGAUCCCCUCCGCGCGACAGCAAACCGCGUCCUGAACAGAGGGGAAAAGAAAAGAAAAGAGAAAAGAAAGAAAGAAAAAAAAAAACACGGGUGGAAUUCUGCAGUAGUGGAAAGGUUUAAACCUGACGGUGCGACUCCUGUUGGGAAUCUUAAACCAGUCUAUAAAUCCAAACUCGUUCACGCUUUGGAUUCGGAUUUGGAUUCGGAUUAGCGAUUAGAUUUAUUUUCUCUCAGUCUCUCACUCACUCUCAGACUCGGUGCUUUUACUUUGCCAAGUGAAAGAGUUUUCCACUUGUAUUGUGGACUGUUUUUAUGUUAUUUUGGUUUAUUUUUCUAUCCUUGUACACGAAUAGAGAAAAAGGAAAAGAAAAAAAAAACAAUAACACGGAAAUAAGUAAAUUUUAACUUUUUCCUUCAACUAUCAACAAGUCCUGUGAGGGAGAAAAGUAGCUCUGAGGUAAAGACCCGAUGUCCUAGCUGUUUGUAUGGAGAGCUACACCAGGCAACAAGCUCUGCUGUAGAGGAGCAUGAUGAAGAACACAAUGAAGGUCAUGCUGCUGCUGUUGUUCUCGGUUCUUCUAACCCAGCCUCUGCAGGGCCAAGCCAGGCCAGCCAACCCAGAGCAAGUCGCCCUGUUAGAAACCACUGCGUACACCCUGUACGAGGGAGAAAAGCUGGAGCUGAAGUGUAGGAGUAAAGAAGAGCCCCAGGAGGUGAACUGGACCAAGGACCAAGUUUCCCUCGCUGACGGGGAACACACACACCUACGCGACGGUCAGCUGGAGAUCGAAGGCGUGGAGCUAGCCGACUCUGGCCUUUAUGGCUGCUUCGCCCGGAGCCCUGAGGGCAACCACACUGAGUAUUUUAACGUCAAUGUCACGUAUGCCCUGGCUUCAUCUGAGGAUGACGACGACGACGAGUCGUCUUCAGAGGAAACGAAGCAGUCCAGCAGCCAGAAGUUAAUCUCUAACAGCCAAGAGCUAUCGCCGACCGCACCAGAGUGGGCUCAGCCUGAAAAGAUGGAGAAGAAGCUCCACGCGGUUCCAGCCAGCAGGACCGUCCGAUUCCGCUGCCCAGCUGUCGGUAACCCGACUCCCAGCAUCAAGUGGCUGAAGAACGGCAAGGAGUUUAAGAAAGACCAGCGCAUAGGAGGUUUUAAGGUGCGCGAGAGCUUGUGGGCGAUCAUAAUGGACUCGGUGGUGCCCUCAGACAAAGGCAACUACACCUGUUUGGUGGAAAAUAAGUACGGCAGCAUCAACCACACCUAUCAGCUGGACGUCGUCGAGCGUUCGCCUCACAGGCCCAUCCUCCAAGCCGGCCUGCCUGCUAAUCGUACAGCAGUGGUGGGAAGCGACGUGGAGUUCGAAUGCAAAGUCUUUAGUGACCCGCAACCACACAUUCAGUGGCUCAAACACAUCGAGGUCAACGGCAGCAAAGUAGGAGAAGACGGUCUGCGAUACGUCAGAGUCAUAAAGCACUCUGGGGUCAACAGCUCGGACACGCAGGUACUGACGCUGUACAACGUGACGGAGGAGGCGAGUGGGGAGUAUAUUUGUAAAGUGUCCAAUUAUAUAGGCCAAGCCAACCAGUCCGCAUGGCUCACCGUCACUAAACACGCCUCCACAGCCUUGCCUCCAACCCCGGUGCCCAGCCAGACUUACCUGGAGGUGCUGAUUUACUGCGUGGGAUUCUUCGUCAUCUGCGCGAUGAUCGUGACCGCCAUGGUGUACAAGAUGCACAGAUCCACCAAGAAGAGCGACUUCAACAGCCAGGUGGCCGUACACAAGCUGGCCAAGAGCAUCCCACUGCGCAGACAGGUAACAGUGUCUGUGGACUCGAGCUCAUCCAUGCACUCAGGGGUGAUGCUGGUCAGACCAUCACGCCUCUCGUCAAGUGGCUCCCCCAUGCUGUCUGGAGUGUCAGAGUACGAGCUGCCGCAAGAUCCACGUUGGGAGCUGCCUCGCGACAAGCUGGUCCUGGGGAAACCUCUGGGCGAAGGCUGCUUCGGCCAAGUGGUUAUGGGAGAGGUCGUGGGGAUGGACAAAGACAAACCUAACCGUGUCACCAAAGUGGCUGUCAAGAUGCUCAAAUCUGAUGCCACAGAGAAGGACCUGUCAGAUCUGAUCUCAGAAAUGGAGAUGAUGAAAAUAAUCGGCAAGCACAAAAACAUAAUCAACCUGCUGGGAGCCUGCACACAGGAUGGUCCUCUUUACGUCAUCGUGGAGUACGCGUCAAAAGGGAACCUGCGCGAGUACCUGAGGGCCCGUCGGCCUCCUGGUAUGGAAUACUGCUACAACCCGGACCAGGUACCUGUCGAGACGGUGUCCAUCAAGGACCUGGUGUCCUGCGCCUACCAGGUGGCUCGCGGCAUGGAGUACUUGGCCUCCAAAAAGUGUAUCCAUAGAGACCUAGCAGCACGUAAUGUUCUUGUGACUGAUGACAAUGUGAUGAAGAUCGCAGACUUUGGCUUGGCCAGAGACAUCCACCAUAUUGAUUACUACAAGAAAACCACCAAUGGACGACUGCCGGUAAAGUGGAUGGCUCCAGAAGCAUUGUUUGACCGAAUCUACACCCACCAGAGCGACGUGUGGUCUUUUGGGGUGCUGCUCUGGGAGAUCUUUACUCUGGGUGGCUCUCCGUACCCUGGCGUCCCUGUCGAGGAGCUGUUCAAACUGCUGAAGGAGGGUCACCGAAUGGACCGCCCCUCCACAUGCACCCAUGAACUAUAUAUGAUGAUGAGGGACUGCUGGCAUGCUGCGCCAUCUCAGAGACCCACCUUCAAACAGCUUGUGGAAGAUCUGGAUCGCACUCUCUCCAUGACGUCGAAUCAGGAAUAUCUGGACCUGUCAGUCAGUCUGGACCAGUACUCUCCCAGUUUUCCAGACACGCGCAGCUCCACCUGUUCCUCCGGCGAAGACUCCGUGUUUUCCCACGAGCCCAGCGCCGAUGAACCCUGCCUGCCUAAAUUUCCCCCAAAUCCUAACCGCUUGAUAGCGUUCAAAAAGCGUUGAGCUCACUUCACAUGCUGUAGCUUGCUUCUAAGCUGGACUUCAUUCAUGGACCCUAGAAGACAAUGCUUGAAGACAGCGGAUGAGGAUGGAUUAAGAUGUGGCUCAUGUUAAGACUUCAAAGCAUUGAGUCGUCAUUUCAUUAUUUACAGACCCACUCUAUAGGGCACUUGGGACAAUUUUUACAAUUUUUUUUUUUGGGAUCCAUCUUUCUCAUCUCUGGACUUUUAAAAAAAAAAAAAAAAAAGAAGCCGGACGAAGUGGAAUUGGGACGUAAACGGUGCCUGUUACACACAUUGGAAACACAGGUUUUUCAUUUCAAAUGAACAAGGAUAUCUCUCUCCAUCACAAUUCCUUCCGAAAAUUUAUAAAUAUGAAUAUAUAUGUGUGUAUAUAUAUAUAUAUAUAUAUAUUUACACACUACUUUUAUCUUUAUUACAUUCAUUGAUUUUGUGGCUUUUUUUUGUAUCUCUAUGUCCAGUGGUUCAUUUAUGGGCAUUUCUGGAAGAGGGACAAAGCAUUUGUCUACAUAAAAAAAAAAUAUGCUAAUAUUCUAUGAAUUGAUAGCAGGCCAGUUUUUUUUUGUACUGAUUGUUUUUUUGUUUUUUUUUGUUGUUGUUGUUGCUGUAUACUCUUAACGGUGGUAAGCUAACGUAGCUCGGGGCCGCUGCUAGCUUUUUCAAUGACGUUCAUUACAUCCUCAAGACUAGUUAAGCUAUGUAAUUAUAGGCUGUUUUAGUAGAAAUCAUUCCCAUGUGUUAACGGCUGCUUCUGUAUUAAAAGUAGCCUCAGAAUGGUACUUUUUAAUGGUUUUGAGGUUAUUUAAAAAAAAAAAAAAAAGGAAAAAAAAAGACACGCACACAAACACUAGAAAUUUGCGAAUUUAAGAUGUGCCUUGGGAACUGUAACGUGUUUUGACUUCCAUGUAAUGGAUUGACUGUGUAUAAAAGCAAAAGCCGCCGUUCCGUCUCGAAGGAGAAGGAAUCACGGACCACUUAUGUCACUGUAUAAAGCAUUAAAUAAAAAGCUAUUGAAAAACGAA